UCACUUGAUUCCGGAUUGGUCCUGUUCCAGCGCCGCAGCAGGCCGCGGGCUGAGGCCGCCUGGUGCUCGCCACUUCCGGCGCGCUGGGCUGUUGGCUGGGGGUGGCCGCGCGGGGCGAGCGGCGGCUGCGGGCGGCGCGCAGGGAUGCGGAGUGGGGCCGCCGCGAGGGCAGAGGUGGAGAGGACUGCGCGGGCCCGCGGGCCUCUCUCCUGAGCCGGCCGCGCAGCCCAGGCCCGGGCAGCCUCCGCCCCUUCAGCCCCGGCCGGGCCCGUCGCCGCCUCGGGCCGCGGAGGCCGGGGAGUCCCUGCCUGGGCCCGCAACCUCCUUCUUGGGGGUCGGGCCCAGGCGGGGGGCCCCGCACAGCUACCUCCCUUCCUCAUUUCCUGCUUUCGCGUUUGCCUGGGGUGGGCCGAGGUCUAGAUGAAUAGCUUCGGGGGUCCUCGAUGAGGCCGCUGUGCUCCUUUUAAAGGUGCCGGCGGGGCCCGGGUGGGGAACGGGUUGUCUUUGCAUGGGCGGGGGACUCCCCGAGCCUGCCGGGACCAUGACCUGAACUGUGCGAGCGGGACGCGUGAGAUCCAAAGAGCCAGCUCACCUGAGCCACCCCCCCUCCGGCCAGCAUGUGGAAGCCCUGGUGCUCAUCAAAUCUGCUGGCUUGUGUAGACAGUUUCCUUUCUGUGUCCUUUCAUUCUUGCUGUGGUCUACAUGUGGCCUUCUGUCUCCCAUGUGGGAGGAGCAUGGAAUAUAUUCUUUUGGGCCUGCUCUACCUUUGUUCAGGAGUGACUUCUCUUGAUGUACUGGGGAAAACAUCACACUGUGGGUCCACUGCCAGGCAUCUGAAGAAGCCUCCCUCAGGGCACUGGAAAGUCUGAUGACAGAAUUUUUCCACGAUUGUACAACCAAUGAAAGAAAACGUGAGAUAGAGCAGGCUGGCUCUGCCACCCGACUACUGGGAUUAAAGGCAUGCACCGCCGCCUGGCGAGAAGAGCCAUUUUUAAUUGACUGGAUCUACAGUCAGAGCUGCUCUGAGGAGCUUCUUAAUAACUUUGCCCAGCAAGUAGGAGCCUGGAGAUUCUGCUUGUAUUUUCUGUCCAGCACAAGGAAUGACUAUGUGAUGAUGUACAGCUUAACAGUUUUUGAGAAUCUGAUCAAUAAAAUGUGGCUUGGGGUCCCAUCUCAGGAUAAGAUGGAAAUCCGCAGCUGCUUGCCCAAACUUCUCUUGGCUCACCAUAAAACCUUACCUUACUUUAUCCGGAACAAACUCUGCAAAGUUAUUGUUGAUAUUGGACGCCAAGAUUGGCCCAUGUUCUACCAUGACUUUUUCACUAACAUUUUACAGUUGAUCCAGUCCCCUGUGACAACCCCCCUUGGGCUGAUCAUGUUGAAGACAACUUCGGAAGAGCUAGCUUGUCCCCGUGAGGACCUCAGUGUGGCUCGGAAGGAGGAGUUGCGGAAGCUGCUGCUGGACCAGGUGCAGACAGUGCUUGGGCUCUUGACAGGUAUCUUGGAAACCGUCUGGGACAAACACAGUGUUACCGCUGCCACCCCACCACCAUCCCCGACCUCAGGAGAAAGUGGUGAUUUACUGAGUAACCUGUUGCAGAGUCCUAGUUCAGCCAAACUGCUGCCCCAGCCCAUCCCCGUGCUGGAUGUGGAGAGUGAGUAUGUCUGUUCCCUGGCCUUGGAAUGCCUGGCCCACCUCUUCAGUUGGAUUCCUCUGUCUGCCAGCAUCACCCCAUCCCUCCUCACCACUAUCUUCCACUUUGCUCGAUUUGGCUGUGAUACCCGGGCCAGAAAGAUGGCAUCAGUGAAUGGCAGCAGCCAGAACUGUGUUUUGGGUCAGGAGCGUGGCCGACUUGGGGUCUUAGCCAUGUCCUGCAUCAAUGAACUCAUGUCGAAGAACUGUGUGCCUAUGGAAUUUGAGGAAUACUUAUUACGAAUGUUCCAGCAAACCUUCUACCUCCUGCAAAAAAUCACCAAGGAUAACAAUGCCCACACGGUGAAGAGCAGGCUAGAGGAGCUCGAUGACAGCUACAUUGAGAAGUUUACCGACUUUCUGCGGCUCUUUGUGAGUGUUCACCUGAGAAGAAUCGAGUCCUACUCUCAGUUCCCUGUGGUAGAGUUCCUGACCCUUCUGUUCAAGUACACCUUUCAUCAGCCUACUCAUGAAGGUUACUUCUCUUGUUUGGAUAUCUGGACACUGUUUUUGGACUAUCUGACAAGUAAAAUUAAAAGUCGUCUGGGAGACAAGGAAGCAGUUCUCAACAGGUACGAAGAUGCCCUGGUCCUCUUGCUCACAGAGGUGUUGAAUCGAAUCCAGUUCAGAUACAACCAGGCCCAGCUGGAGGAGUUGGAUGAUGAAACUCUGGAUGACGAUCAGCAGACAGAGUGGCAGCGGUACUUACGCCAGAGCUUGGAGGUAGUGGCCAAAGUGAUGGAGCUCCUUCCUACACACGCCUUCUCAACUCUGUUCCCAGUUCUUCAGGACAAUUUAGAAGUUUAUUUGGGAUUACAGCAAUUUGUAGUUACUUCGGGGUCAGGACACAGGCUGAACAUCACAGCGGAGAAUGACUGCCGGCGCUUGCACUGCUCCCUGAGGGACCUGAGCUCCCUGCUGCAGGCCGCGGGCCGCUUAGCUGAGUACUUCACUGGCGACGUGUUUGCUGCAAGGUUCAAUGAUGCUCUCACAGUUGUGGAGAGGUUGGUCAAAGUUACUCUGUAUGGAUCUCAGAUAAAACUGUACAACAUUGAAACAGCUGUGCCAUCAGUGUUGAAACCUGACCUCAUUGAUGUGCAUGCCCAGUCACUUGCUGCUCUCCAGGCCUACUCCCAUUGGUUGGCACAGUAUUGUGGUGAAGCCCAUCGACAGAACACACAGCAGUUUGUGACACUCAUCUCUACCACCAUGGAUGCGAUCACACCUCUCAUCAGCACCAAGGUCCAAGACAAGUUGCUGCUGUCUGCAUGCCACCUACUGGUCUCACUAGCCACCACUGUGCGGCCUGUUUUUCUUAUCAGCAUCCCUGCAGUGCAGAAGGUGUUCAACAGCAUCAUUGAUGCCUCUGCCCAGCGCCUAGCAGAUAAGGCGCAGGUUUUGGUUUGCCGUGCACUCUCUAAUACCUUGCUCCUUCCAUGGCCAAAUCUUCCUGAGAGUGAGCAGCAGUGGCCCCUGCGCUCCAUCAACCAUGCCAGCCUCAUCUCUGCACUCUCUCGGGACUACCACAGCCUGAAGCCCAGUGCUGCUGCCCCCCAGAGAAAAGUGCCACUGGAUGACACCAAAGUGAUUAUUCACCAGACACUUAGUGUCUUGGAAGACAUUGUGGAGAAUAUCUCUGGGGAAUCCACCAAGUCCCGACAGAUCUGUUACCAGUCACUGCAGGAAUCUGUUCAGGUCUCCCUGGCCCUCUUUCCAGCUUUUAUCCAUCAGUCAGAUGUGACUGAUGAGAUGCUGAGCUUCUUCCUCACCUUGUUUCGAGGCCUUAGAGUCCAGAUGGGUGUGCCUUUCACAGAGCAGAUCAUACAGACUUUCCUCAACAUGUUUACCAGAGAACAGUUGGCCGAGAGCAUCCUCCAUGAAGGCAGCACUGGCUGCAGGGUGGUGGAAAAGUUCCUGAAGAUCCUACAAGUGGUGGUACAGGAGCCUGGCCAGGUGUUCAAGCCCCUCCUCCCCAGCAUCAUUGCGCUGUGCAUGGAGCAGGUGUACCCCAUCAUUGCUGAGCGCCCGUCACCUGACGUGAAGGCUGAGCUGUUUGAGCUCCUCUUUCGAGCGCUCCAUCACAACUGGCGGUACUUCUUCAAGUCUACUGUCCUGGCUAGCGUGCAGAGGGGCAUUGCUGAGGAGCAGAUGGAGAACGAACCCCAGUUCAGCGCCAUCAUGCAGGCUUUUGGACAGUCCUUUCUUCAGCCUGACAUCCACCUGUUCAAACAAAAUCUCUUCUACUUGGAGACUCUGAACACCAAGCAGAAAUUAUACCACAAAAAGAUCUUCCGGACCACUAUGCUGUUCCAGUUUGUGAAUGUGCUGCUCCAGGUCCUGGUUCAUAAGUCUCAUGACCUUCUACAAGAGGAGAUUGGCAUUGCCAUUUAUAAUAUGGCUUCUGUCGACUUUGAUGGCUUCUUUGCAGCCUUUCUUCCAGAGUUCCUGACCAGCUGUGAUGGUGUGGAUGCCAAUCAGAAAAAUGUGCUGGGACGAAAUUUCAAGAUGGAUCGGGACCUGCCCUCGUUCACCCAGAAUGUGCACAGGCUGGUAAAUGACCUACGUUACUACCGACUCUGCAACGACAGCCUGCCCCCUGGCACUGUGAAGCUCUAGGAGUGCCUGCUUGCCUGCCUGGCUGCUCACUGCCCCAGGGACGUGCCUGCUGCCACCGCCACCUACACCACCUGCACCUGUGCCACGGAAGUCUGUGACAAGCCUUGGCCACUCUCUGGAUGGUCAUGCCCUGCGCAAGUGGCCUGCCUUUGCCCUCCUGCUGCCACCAAUACAGCAGGCCUUGGGGUCCAUUUGACACUGGUAGAGUUUCCAGACAUUUGGAGCAGACAGAGUGUCAUGUGGCCAGGUGCCAGGAAGGCACCCAGAGGUCCCACAGCGUGGUCCAUGAAGAUCAUGUGUCUAUCAGUCCUGAGUCAGAAUCGCCAAGGACCGCUUACAACAGUGCCACCUUCUCACCAUUCCACCUCCCCGCCCUCCUGGCCAGCCAGCCCAGGAGCAAUCGACAGCGGAACUGUUUCUGGGGAGCCUCCUGCCCUCCGAUUGCCUUGAAGUCUCUGCUCUCAGUCAGAGAUUCGUGAAGACUCGCAUUUUUUGUUCUUUUUUCUCAUCAUUCCAUUGUGAUACUAAGAAGCUUAAUGGAUAAAUAAAAUGCUUAAGUUGUUGUUA